AACAAAUAAACAUUGUGAUAGGGGUAUAGUAAACUGUAUUACAAUAACAUGGAGGACUAAGAAAAUAAUUAAAAAUCUUUUAAAAACCUUGAAUGGCGUCUGAUUUUACAGAAGACCAGUUGGAAGAAAUACAGAAUUUAUUUAAACAUUUUAACAAGAAAAAAGAUAAAAAGUUAUCGUCAAAGGAUCUUGGUUUACUCAUGAGGGCCUUUAAUCAGAGUCCAACUGAAGCUGAACUACAGGAUAUAAUCAAAGAGAUAGAUCAGAGGGGAAAUGAGGGGAUAGAUUAUGAAGAAUUCUUGGAACUUUUGUCAGAUGCUAUGAAACAACAAUGUACCGAUGACGAUUAUAAAGAUGUGUUUAAUGUGUACGAUUCGGAUGGUAACGGCAUUAUUUCAUCUGAUGAAUUCAGAGCAGCUAUGAAUUCAAUGGGAGAAAAUUUAUCCAAGGAAGAGGCAGAAGAAAUGAUAAUGGAAGCUGAUUCUGAUGGAGACGGACACAUAGAUCUGGCAGAAUUUAUCAAGAUGAUGAGAGAGAAGUAGGAAGACUUAUCUUAAUACGGAACACACUACGUUAAAUAAAAUGUUAACUUGAGAGUUGCAUAAUAUGUCAUCGAUUUGAUAUGAACGUAGACAUCAUAGUCUUUAUAAAAAAUUAUAUAUGUAUUUAUUUAACUUAUAUUAUUAGCAUUGAUAAUGAUAUUCGAAAAUAAAAUGUAAAAAACACUGG